UUAAAUACCCCAAGUCAUCUGCCACAACAAAACAUUCCGCUGUCAGCCAAUUCACGGCUCUGUUCAAGUGUUGCCGGCGCUCACAGGCCCUCACACAGACAGGAAAUUUAUUUACUUUCAAAUGCGCAACUUCUGUUACUGGCCACAAUCGAGAGCCUACCCGAGUUAAAGCGAAACUGACCCGGAGUCUGUGCAGGGUGAAGUCGGGGAGACGGACAGGAAAAAAACAAAGAUGGCUGUGUAGCCAGAGAGACAAGUCCCAACAGAACUGUCUCUAUCCGCGGCUUUAAUCACCGACACGUCCCGUGGGUCCCGUGGACAGUCAGCCGGUACCGGAGCAGGGACGCAGGGAGCAGCCGAGCUGAGCCCCCGGUGCACAUCGUUGUAAUCUGCUGUCAUUGCGAAUAACGGCGUCGGGAGUGCAACAACAGCUGAGAGUUGUUUUUGUUCUGCUGGGCAAAGGGAGAGGACUGCUGUGUUUUUGUCAACGCAGCUAGCCGCAUAGUCUGCUAGCCUCACUCCUGGUCGCGACAGGUACAUAUCACACAUUUUGAGACAGCCGUCGCCAUGUCUUCACUGGAAGAGAGAGACGUGGGCGUUGCGGCCGCCCCUGGCUCCUCCUCGGCCGGCCUUGGGGUCGGGGCCGUGGGGGCAGCGGUGGAGGCUGUCGCCGGGGUCGCAGCCAUGCAGGAGGAGGUCGGGAUACGACGAGAAGGGCCCGAGCCUGACCCAGACGAGCCACCCAAGAAGAGGGUGAAAAUACCCGAGGGAGAGUCAGGGAAGCUGGAGGAGAGACUGUACUCAGUGCUGUGCUGCACCGUGUGCCUAGACUUGCCCAAGGCGUCUGUUUACCAGUGUACCAAUGGACACCUGAUGUGCGCCGGCUGUUUUAUCCACCUCCUAGCUGACUCCCGUCUCAAGGAGGAGCAGGCCACGUGUCCCAACUGCAGGUGUGAGAUCAGCAAGAACCUGUGCUGCAGGAACCUUGCAGUGGAGAAGGCUGUCAGUGAGCUGCCGACAGAAUGUACCUUCUGUCUAAAACAGUUCCCCCGCUCCAGCUUAGAGAGACACCAGAAAGAGGAGUGCCAAGACAGGGUGACACAGUGUAAGUACAAGAGGAUCGGCUGCCCCUGGCAAGGUCCGUUUCAUGAGCUGCCGGCACAUGAAAGCGAGUGUUCUCAUCCGACGAAGACUGGUACAGAGCUGAUGGGAAUUCUGGGGGAGAUGGACCAGAACCACCGCAGAGACAUGCAGCUCUACAACAGCAUCUUUAGCCUGCUCUGCUACGAGAAGAUUGGGUUUACAGAGGUUCAGUUCAGGCCGUACCGCACCGAUGACUUCAUCACUCGCUUAUACUAUGAAACACCGCGCUUCACCGUUCUCAACCAGACGUGGGUGCUGAAGGCCCGUGUCAACGACUCCGAGCGCAACCCCAACCUCUCCUGCAAGCGCACCCUCUCCUUCCAGCUCAUCCUCAAGAGCAAGGUGAACUCGGCCCUGGAGUGCUCCUUCCUGCUGCUGAAGGGGCCGUACGACGACGUGCGGAUCAAGCCGGUCAUCCACCACCACGCCUUCAGCAACGACGCCAACGAGACCGACUACGUCCCGCUGCCCAUCUCCGACUCGGUGGAGUGCAACAAACUGCUGGCCGCCAAAAACAUCAACCUACGCUUGUUCAUCUUCCAAGUCCAAAAAUAAAGAGCGAGAGAAGAGAUGAAGGAGGAGGAGGAGGAGGAGGAGGAUGAAGCGGACGAGGAAGCAGUGGAGUGAGGAUGUGAUGAUUAAAGAGAGACACCACUGAACCAUUGAUACCUCUUAACACCUACACACACACACACACAUGCUCACACACACACACACACACACACCUUUACGCAGGGUACUCACGUUUACACACACACACACACACACCACUAAUUACACUUACCUCCUUUUUCAAGAUAGUGAGACCCCUUGCUCGGGAAAGCUGUGAGUUGCUAUGGAGAUGGGUGGGCAUUGAUAUGGGAUGGAGGGGUGUUGGUGGUGGAGGAGGAAGGGGCUCCCAGACGGUUGGUGUGUCUCUGUGGACCUUUUCACCCGCCACAGCCGAAGGUAGCACACACGCCAACCAAAGCAGGGUUUGCUGGAUGUCGCGUGCAUGUUUGUGUGUUUGUUUGUUUUUGUGUGUGUGAGUGCAGAGUUCAGCGACGGACGCCGGAGCGCAGCCGGAAUUCUGCUCGCGUGUUCAAAUGUCCCAAAGACGUGAUAAUGUGAAAACAGAGCGAUUGACUCUACUGAGAUGUUCUUUGGACAUGUGAAUGGAGGUGGAGGGUGUGAAUGUGUGUGAAUGUGUGCGUUUCCCCUUCUCUCUUGACACACUUUACACCCGAGUUUCGUCAACAGUUCUCUCCCGUUUUGGCAAAAACGACCACGUCGCGUGUCCGACUUUGUCGUAAAAGUACCCCCUUCCACCUUCCAUCAAGAGGAGAGACGGCCUGGCUGCAUGCAUAUUUUAGUUCUUCGGAUUAUUCCUCCGGCUGUGGUUAUAUUUAACCUCCAACACUAAUACCAUUUUUAUUUCUCUUAACCCUGAAUAUUUAAGUACACGUGAACCUUUUUUUUCUUUGUAGUUGGGUUUUUAGCGUGUGAAUGGCUGCCUGUGUGUGUGUGUGUGUGUGAGUGUGUGAUAACAGAUCAUAACUGUGAAUGUGUCCCCACGUGAACAACUGUACAAUCCUGGAGGACAUAACUAGAAAGACUGGAUUACCACCAAAACCCCUCAAGUUUCACCACGUCGGUUGCUUUCUGGUAAUUUAAUUGCUCUCUUAUUAGUUGGGAAUUUGCAUUGCUGAGGUGAAACACAAACUGGAUCACGCUAUUAUGGAAUCUUUGUAGUUUUAGUUUUAUAGCUCGUAUUAUAACAUGGUGCGUUUUUCUAUCUUUCUUUAAAGGAUUUAUUGUUUUGUUCCAAGAUUAAUCAAAUCGGACUCCUCAAAACGCUGGUAAAAUUCUCCUAAAUCGGCUUGCGUUUCGUCAAAUGACCACAAACUGAUUGACCCACAGAAAACCUGAGGACAUAUUGCAGUAUAAGAGUACUACUAGGAUUCACUCAGCUUCUUGUUGCCUCCAGCCACCAAUUUUUUUUGCUCUCGGCCCCGCAAAGGCGAGUGAAGCAGCCCAAACUGUGAGAGUCUCAGGGUGAUCAGGACUCCAAAAUCAGAAGCCCUCUUUAGAAGACUUUUUUGUCCUUUGGAAGCGAGACAUUAGGUGGUGAUGGAUGGUGUGUGUGCGUGUGUGUGUGUGUUUGUGUGUGUGUGGCAGGGGUGGCAAUGGGGAGGGGUUUACCUUACCAUGGUGACAUAUUAGUGUUAGACUUUACUUGAACGAAAACGAGAAGAUGUUACUUAAAGUAGAUCCUACUGUAAAGCAGAUAGAUCUCUCUCCUCCUGACCUCUACUUCCUGUAUUUCUGUGUUUUAAUGCUUUGUCUCUAUGCCAGUGGACUCACUCAUCUCACUAUUGGCUGUACAUGUGCCUUUUAUUAAAGAUCAUGAAACCUG